UUGCAAACCGGGAAGCGCCGGCGUCAGCGGGCCGGGGCGGGGCCGGGAGGCGGAGCUCGGCCUGCGGCCCCGCCGAGCCCCUAGUCGCAGUGGCCGCGGCGGCCGGGGAGGCAGCGGCGGCGGCGGCGCGGCGGCGACAUGGCCAUGAUCUCAGAGGAUGACUUUCACCACAGUGCAAACGCCACCUACAGACCUGCAGGCAGCACUCUCCGAGCUGACCAGGAAGCGCUCCUUGAGAAGCUGCUAGACCGCCCGCCGCCCGGCCUGCAGAGGCCCAAGGACCGGUUCAACGGUACCUACAUCAUCUUCUUCAGCUUGGGCAUUGGUGGCCUACUGCCAUGGAACUUCUUUGUCACUGCCAAGGAGUACUGGCUAUUCAAACUCCGCAACUGCUCCAGCCCAACCGCAGGGGAGGAAGCCACGGGUUCGGACAUCUUGAACUACUUUGAGAGCUACUUGACCGUUGCCUCCACCGUUUCCUCCGUGCUGUGCCUCAUGGCGAACUUCCUGCUCGUCAACAGGGUUCCGAUUCGUGUCCGUGUGCUGGCCUCAUUGACCGUCAUGCUGGCCAUCUUCUUGCUGAUGACCGCGCUAGUGAAGGUGGACACCUCGUCCUGGACCAGUGGCUUCUUUGCUGUCACCAUUGUCUGCAUGGCAAUCCUCAGCGGCACGUCCACUGUCUUCAGUAGCACUGUCUUCGGCAUGACUGGCUCCUUCCCCAUGAGGAAUUCCCAGGCGCUGAUAUCAGGAGGAGCCAUGGGGGGCACCAUCAGUGCCAUGGCCCUGCUGGUGGACCUGGCCGCGUCCAGCGAGGUGACGGACAGCACUCUGGCCUUCUUCCUGACCGCGGACGUGUUCCUGGGGCUGUGCGUGGGGCUCUGCCUGCUGCUGCCGCGGCUGGACUACGCCAGGUUCUACCUGAGGCCUGUCUGGCCGGCCUGUGUGUUUCCCAGUGAAGAGCAGCCACCCCAGGACUACCCCAGCGCCCCUUCGGCAGGCCCUGGAUCCGGCGAGUCCUCGAUCCCGCCCCUCCGCCCCAUCCUGAAGAAGACAGCCGGCCUGGGCUUCUGUAUCAUCUACCUCUUCUUCAUCACCGGCCUCGUCUUCCCCGCCAUCUCCACCAACAUCGAGUCCCUGGACAAGGACUCGGGCUCGCCGUGGACUACCACGUUCUUCGUCCCCCUCACCACCUUCCUCCUGUUUAACUUCGCGGACUUGUGUGGCCGGCAGGUCACGGCCUGGAUUCAGGCGCCAGGGCCCAGAAGUAAGGUGCUGCCCGGGCUGGUGCUCCUCCGGACCUGCCUCAUCCCCCUGUUCGUGUUCUGCAACUACCAGCCCCGCGUCCACCUGCACACGGUGGUCUUCCGGUCCGACCUCUACCCGGUGUUCUUCACCUCCCUGCUGGGGCUCAGCAAUGGCUACCUCAGUGCCCUGGCCCUCAUGUACGGGCCCAAGAUCGUGCCCAGGGAGCUGGCCGAGGCCACGGGGGUGCUGAUGUCCUUUUACGUGUGCGUGGGCUUGGUACUCGGCUCGGCCUGCUCUGCCCUGCUCGUGCACCUCAUCUAAAGAGGGGCGAUGGCAAGGACUUCGGUGCCGUGUGACCCUCGGGAGCCUCAGGGAGAUGGGGAGCGGGGGCCGGGCCGGGCUGGGGCAGCGUGCAGGACAGAGCUGCAGCUGGGCACGCCUAGCCCUUUUCUAGCUGCUGGUUACAUUCCAUCUUGUUUCAUAGCCUCUUCAGAACUUUGUUGCCAGUGUUGACUCGGGGCUGUUAACGAGGCCAGUGCCGAAACCGGACCACAGGCCCUUUGCCUGUCCCAGACUUUCUCCCUCCAGAGGACAGCAAGAUGUGACAAUUGCCAGUCCUCCCUAUCCGGGGCCGGAGGGGGGAAUGGGAAUCCCCUGGAAUGGCCAGUUCUCAGGCCCGAGACCCAAGGCCUUGCGGACCCCUGCUUUCUGUGGGUGAGAGUGCACCCACCAACCAGACGGGGGACCCCAGAAAGACAGGCCUUCCAGGAACCCUUCAUUCCCUAAACUGGGCCUCCGGAAGUCAUCCCUGUGCUAGGGACUGAGGAUGUCAGGCCUGCGUUUUCAAACAAGGAUCCUUAAAGUGGUCUGUGGCUUGCGUCAGGGUGGGGUCUUUUAAAUGUCCGUGUUUACAACAUGUCAAGGCCAUUGGUUCAAGGGCAUAAAUGCCUGGAUAUUCAAUGAAAGCCAGAUUGGUGGCUGUAUUAGUUGGGGUCUUGGCAGGAAACAGCCUACUUACUCAAAUUGGAUAAUUUGAGAAUAUUUGAAGAGUGGGUGUAGGAAUCCUAAGGGGUUGUGUUUUAUAUCCCAGAAAUAGGAAGAUCAUUCUACCUCCAGCCAGGGCUGGGGGGCAGGGGGCGUAUCCAGCCCACCGUGACCCACGGGAGGUGUAUUCCCUUGGUUCUUCUCUCCCUCCCGUCUCCUCGAAGGCCCCUGUGGACUAAACCACAGCCACGGAGCAGGCAGAGAGGUAGAGCCUCGGCUGGAAGGACAGAAGGUGUCCCGAGUGGGGCCAUCGGCCCCUCUGGCUUUCAUAGAUUUACUUAGUAUUCACAUCAGUACAGCUCUGAAGCUUUGACCAGCAGUGCUCGGUGCUACUCUGGCCUGGUUUGUCCCAGAGAGCUGGGUAUCUUGAAGUUGUUGUUUCAAAAGGCGACCCUCAGAUUGUGUGGCCCCCACACGAUCUUCUGACACGAGUAGUAACUUACAAUUUACAUUUCUUUCAGUUCCUUGAGGGCUUCUGCAGGGCUGUUCCUUGGGGGAGCGGGCUGGCUUGGGAAUCAGAGAGAAAGGAACUAGACCAGACCAGGAGUUCUUUCUUGAGAGAGUCGUGCAGAGAGAGCAGAGCUUGCACCCCAAGAAGCAGCAAUCCUGAGAGCCAUAAAUCAGCCCGCUCCUUCUCCGAAGGGCUCGGGCGCCCUGGUGUCCCACAGACAGCCGACCGGCCGGGGAAGCAGCCGGUAAUCCACCCAGUGGGAGCAGCUUAUGUUCCCCACCGGCUCAGGCUAGUACGCACUCCCUCUCUUCAGCCAGAGAAUUAAAACAGACACCUUGAAAGGUUUUCUGGAACUUGGUAUCUUGAAAAAAUAAUUUUUUUUUUUAACUAAAAAUAAAUUCUCCCGUCUUCCCGCCCCUUGCAGAAGCCUGAAA